AUGUACAUACUACGCCGAGGGGUUGCGCUUAGCCGACGAGUGAUGAAGGACACUGUAUUCAUCGAGCAAUUGGCGGCGACUGCCAUUGUGGGCAAGGAUGCGUGGAAUCGCGCCACCCCUCAACCUUUGGCUGUGUCAGUUCGGCUCAACACCGAUUUCUCCCAGGCCAGUGCCUCAGACAACCUUGAGCACCUGCUUAAUUACGCCGUGAUUCUGAGAAACAUCCACGAGUUCUUCACCCAAAACGCUCGCCGCAACUUUGGAUCGCUUGCAGCGGUGGGAUCAGCGGUUCUGGGGUUGCUUUUUGCCAAUAAUGAGCCCUAUACGGCUCAAAUAACUGUGCUGCUGCCCAAGCUGGAAAUCAGGGCUGACAAGGUGUCCUGGACAUGCACUUAUAACAAAGACGGGAAGACAGAUAGUGAUAUCCUUGAAAUCAACCACUUGAGAUUACUCACAGUCAUUGGCGUAUUCACGUUUGAACGAUUACAACGACAAGUGGUUAAUUUGGACCUCAAAUUGACUGCCACGCCCGAGGUGAACAUUCGCAAAGUCAUUGAUGACGUGGUUGACUAUGUCGAGCAAUCCAAUUUCAAGACGGUGGAGGCGUUGGUAUCUCGCGUAGGUCAAGUUAUCCUUCAAAACCACGACCAGCACAUUAGUACCGCUGAUGUCAGCGUUACUAAACCUAACGCAAUUAACUACACUGAAGGGGUGGGUGUGGCUUCAAAGAUGAUUGCCAAAGACUUCGAGGGCAAAGAGCCACUCGUGGUAACCCCAGAACAAUUCUCAUCAUUUAAUUUACCGGUCGCCCAAGCUGCUGCUCAUUCUGAAGAAGGUUCCCUUCAUACUGUGUACAUUGCAUUUGGUCUGAACGUUGGAAAUCAAAUGGCUCAGAUUCGUCAGGCCCUCGAUCUCCUUGAUCAACACGGUGUGAAUGUGAAGGUCACUUCACUGAUGUACCUCUCAAAACCGAUGUAUUACAAAGAUCAACCAAACUUUUACAACGGUGUGGUCAAAGCGGUAACGAAACAACUGCCGCAGGAACUAUUGGCUACUCUCAAACUGAUCGAAUAUGAUCACAUUGAUAGAAAGAAAGAUUUUGACAAUGGACCGCGGUCAAUAGAUCUUGACAUCAUUCUUUAUGAUGACGCUUGCAUUAACACUGAGAAUUUAGUGGUACCUCACAAGCUCAUGCUCGAGCGAACAUUCGUGCUUGAACCAUUAUGUGAAUUGAUUCCUCCAAGUUUCGUGCACCCAGUAACUGCCGAGCCUAUCCACGACCAUCUUCAUCAACUCCUCAACAGUCAAACUGACGAAGACCUUCAAGAGCUGACGAGACUACAACAACUUUUACCCAUGCCCAGACUCAACGGCGAUGAAAAUCCGUUGAAGUUCGAUCAAAUUCAUAAUCUCCACCCAACCAUGAUAAUGGGCAUCCUCAACACUACUCCCGAUUCGUUUUCUGAUGGUGGUAAAAACUAUGAUCGUGACAUGUCUGAAGUGGAAGCGAACGCUUUGAAAUUGGUCGAUGAAGGAGCUACCAUUAUCGAUAUCGGUGGAGUACUGACCAGACCGGGCUCGGUUGAACCGUCAGAGGAGGAAGAAUUAAAACGGGUUGUGCCCUAUGUUGAAAUGAUUCGUAACUCCACUCAUCCUCGUCUUGCUAAUGUCGUCAUCAGCAUUGAUACUUAUCGGGCCAAAGUCGCGGCGGCGGCAUUAGAGGCCGGAGCUGACAUUAUCAAUGACGUAUCUAUGGGUCUCUAUGAACCUGAAAUCUUUGAUGUGGUUGCUACAUACCAUUGUCCAUACAUUAUGAACCAUACUCGCGGCACUCCCGCUACCAUGUCCAAGUUGACUACCUACACUCCUAAUACUGAUGAGUCUAUCAAUGAGUUUUACGUUGACCCCAGUCAAACUGUGGUUCCAGCAUUGCUGCCGCUGGCGGAAACAUUAAUUAACGGAGUGUCUCGUGAGCUAGCCCACCAAAUUACGCAAGCCUUUGCUCGGGGCGUUCGCAAGUGGCAGAUAAUCUUGGACCCAGGUAUUGGAUUUGCGAAAAAUAAGGACCAAAACCUUACAUUAUUGCGUCAUGCAAGCUACUUCAAGCGCUACAGCAAGGAGUUUGAAGGAGAUAAAUACUUGUCCUUCAAUGGCAUGGCGCUUUUGAUUGGUACGUCUCGCAAACGGUUUUUGGGAACCCUCAUUGACGAACCAGUCGCUGCGCAAAGAGUUAUCGCGACCACUGCUACUACCGUUGGGUGCAUUGAACAAAAUGUUGACAUUUUGCGGGUUCAUGACGUCAAGGAAAACAAGGAGGCAGCGGUGGUUGGUGAUGCCAUUUACCGAGGGUUGGUUGACUGA